ACCCCGCCAAUCGUAGUUACGAGCUUCCGACCAGCUGCUGAUUCCUUCCAACGUCUCAUGGUUUCCAAGCUCUCUGUCUGCGGAAAAGAACUGGUCACGGAGUAAAAUCCCCGAACUACCUGGCGUCUCCGAGAACGGAGAAGAUAGCCAGAAGGAUCUUGACCUACGGGGAUAAAACGAUGUUGCACAAUUCGCGUGUUUGAGUCAUGCGCCAGAAUGUAUGGCUUCAUCAAUACAUGCCUGAAGUCUUUGGUGGUGGAAAAAUAUGGUGAAGAAAUAUGGGAGAAAUUAAGAGUCCAAACUGGAGUACAGGAUACCUUUUUGAAUUUUGAGGUUUACAGGGAUGAGAUCACAAUGCAGCUAAUUGACAAGGCAUGCAAAAUGCUAGACGUCCCCCCAGAUAUGGUCCUGAAACAAUUUGGAGAAUAUUUCUUUGAAUUCUGUAAGCGAUCAGGUUAUGACCAUAUGCUGAGAACUUUGGGAGGAAAUCUAUAUGAAUUUAUAGAGAACCUGGAUGCAUUGCAUAGCUACCUGAGUCUGUCUUACCAGGAAAUGAAUGCUCCUUCAUUUAGGGUUGAAAAGAAUGAAGAUGGGUCAAUGCAUUUACACUAUUACUCAGACAGACGAGGACUGUGCCAUAUUGUUCCAGGAAUCAUUGGUGCAGCAGCCUUGGAUUUUUUCAACAUUGAAAUUUCCAUGGAAAUAGUCAAUCAAUCGGAAGAAGAAGAAAGAACAGGGAAAAAAGAGCACAUUGUAUUUCUUGUGACCCAAAAACCUGUAUUUUCAUACAGAAGGAAAAACAAAUUCUCUUCCUCUCCACAAUGCCUUUCAAGUUCUGGAACACUGGUGGAAAAACAGCUGAAUAAAGAGGAUCUUGAAAGAGCCAUGAACAAGACCAGAGAGAAGAGAAACCUUCUUUCUACUUGUCCUGUCAAGAAAAGCCACUGGGAAACAAUUAGAGGAAUUGUGACAAUAGGAAAAGGACGACUUCUGAGAGGAUUUGACCCUAUCUAUCCUAAGACCCUCUGCAUAGACCCAAAGACUUUCUGCAAUGGGCUUCCUUUCCAUAUUGUUUUUGAUGAAGAGCUCAGAGUGAAGCAAGCCGGAGUCAGCAUUCAGAAGAUUGUGCCUGGCCUUCAAACUAUGGGCAUCCGCCUCAAUCAGUACUUCAGUAUUGUACGCCCUGAAGUGAAAUUCACCAUCUCCAGUGUUCAGAAAUUUAUCAACAGUCAAUUUGUUUUCCGGACCAAGCGAGAGAUGAUGCCAGAAUCCUGGAAGCAGCAUCCUAUGUUGGAGCUGAGAGGGCAGAUGAUUUGGAUGGAGUCUGUUCAGUGUAUGCUCUACCUUUGCUCCCCUCUCCUGCGCACGCUGCAUGAGCUGGAAGAGAGGCACAUGCACAUUGCAGACAUUGCUCCCCAUGAUGUCACCAGGGAUUUGAUCCUUCUCAACCAACAGCGGCUGGCUGAGAUGGAGCUUUCCAAUCAGCUCGAGAGGAAGAAAGAGGAGCUACGGAUUCUGUCAAAGCACCUGGAGGAAGAGAAGAAAAAGACAGAAACCCUUCUCUAUGCCAUGCUCCCAAAGCAUGUGGCCAACCAGCUCAAAGAAGGGAAACGAGUUGAGGCAGGAGAGUUUAAAGAGUGCACCAUAUUAUUCAGCGAUGUUGUAACUUUUACCAACAUUUGUGCCCAGUGUGAACCUAUUCAGAUUGUCCUCAUGUUAAAUGCAAUGUAUCUGCGAUUUGACCGGCUAACUACAGUGCAUGAUGUCUAUAAGGUGGAAACUAUAGGGGAUGCCUAUAUGGUGGUUGGGGGUGUUCCUGUGCCUGUAUCAACACAUGCUGAACGUGUUGCCAACUUUGCCCUGGGAAUGAUAAUAGCAGCAAAAGACAUAAAAAAUCCAGUCUCUGGGAAUCCUAUUCAAAUUAGAGUUGGGAUCCACACAGGGCCUGUGCUUGCUGGGGUUGUCGGAGAAAAAAUGCCACGUUAUUGCUUGUUUGGAGACACAGUGAAUAUAGCAUCCCGGAUGGAGAGCCAUGGAGUACCAAGCAAAAUUCAUCUGAGUGCCAGCGUUCAUCAGUGCCUAAAGGACAAGAAUUUUGAGAUGAUGGAAAGAGGAGAAAUUGAUGUGAAGGGCAAGGGGAAAAUGCACACAUACUUCCUGGUCCGGAAUACAAUGGCAACUGAGGAUGAGGUUCUGGGAAGGCCAACUAGGGACAGUGUUCCCAGCCAUGAAUCUGCUCAACUGUGUCAGGAGUGUAACACUGAAGCAUUCCAAAACUCAUAUCCACAAGAUGAGGCAUCAUUUCCUGUCAUAGCAAUGAAAUAUGCAGAUAGUCCCAUAGAAGCACACACCAGCAUGAAAGGAAGAAAUGAAUCAAGAACACAGGAUUUAGCAGGCAAACUGCAUGAUUCAGAGAGCAAUGUAAGUCUCCAUGGUGACCAGCAGUCAAGCAAAGAUCCUCAUCAUCUUACACAAGGAAGACGCAAGCCAGCAGCAGCAGAGGCACCGCGGAUCAGGAACACCAGAUCCAGUUUCUGCAAUCUCAUUUAAUAAGCUCCUGAAUCUUACAGCUGAAGAGUACAAGUGUAUUCUGUGAUGUAAUAUUUUGCUGUUACUCUCCCAGAGUCCUGACUGUGCAUACAGUUGUGUAGUACAUCAAUCUUGAUAUCACUGGUAGCAAUAAUGAAACAAAUU